AUUACCAUCCAAUCCCUCAGUUCACUUCUUAACUAUAUACCAUGGCUGGUCGUAGUAGCACUAAGAUCUUGGCUCUCGCCCUCGCUGUUCUCCUCAGCAUCGGGCUCACCUCCGCAGCUAGAUCGCUCACCGGGAUCAGCGGUGGAGGUGGCAGUGGCCGUGGUGGCGGUGGAGGUGGUGGAGGAGGGUCUGGUGCUGGUUCUGGGUCUGGUUACGGUGAAGGAUAUGGUGAGGGAUACGGUGAGGGCGCUGGCGGAGAAGUUGGUGGAGGAUACGGAAAGGGAGGCGGUGGUGGAGGUGGCGGGGGUCGUGGAGAAGGUGGUGGCGAAGGAUCAGGCUACGGCUCUGGGCAUGGUUAUGGUUCCGGCGCCGGCGGUGCGCAAGGCGGAGGCUAUGGGAGUGGCGGAGGUGGUGGUGGUGGUGGUGGUGGUGGUGGCGGCCCCGGUGGGGGGCACGGAAGCGGGAGUGGAUCGGGGUAUGGUUCGGGAGGUGGUUCUGGGUAUGGUGAAGGUGGUGCGCAUGGCGGGGGCUCUGGAGGCGGCGGCGGCGGUGGGUCGGGUGGCGGCUCAGGUUCUGGCUCCGGCUACGGGUCUGGUUAUGGUUCUGGCUAUGGGAGUGGUGGGGGUGAAAACGGGCACUACUAAUAGAAAAUCCCCACUCCAUAAUAUGCCUUAAUAUGUCUACAAUGUGCAUGCUCUGAUGUGGCUUGGAAUAAAUGUGCGCUUUCGUCCUACCAGUGUGUGAAAAAGAGGGUAUCUUUACUUAAAUAAUAAUUAAAGAAAAGUUUAUUGUAGA